CACAAGCACACACAAGCACACAUUGCCCUUUGGCAAAUUUUCUACACAGUUGCCUCAACCUGCGAACAAGAGGCGCGAACACACAACAACACCAUACACGCACAGCAACGUCGAUACGAACACGCACUGGCACAAUAAGUGAAAAAGAGACCACCUUUGACCGCACAUCUUUUCCGUGUGCUCGCAUACGCAGCGAUGUUGAGGGUACGAGGAAGAUCGCUGGAGGCCCGGUUUGUGUACAUCAUCGUGCUGGCUGUGGUGUACACGGCCACGUACAUGUACAGCGCCACAUCCGGUGACCCAAGCGUACCGGUUGGCGGCGCAGACAUGCCGCCGUGGCUCGCACAGCUGGGACGACCACGCGCAGUUGCAGAGGAGCUGGCAGAACAGCAACAGCUGCUUGACGCGACGCGGCGCAGCGACGACGGAGCCAACAGACACAGCAACGAUGGCGCCGCCGCAGUCUCACAACACCAGCAGCACCAGCAGCAGGCGGAGCACGAUCUGGCCAGCACACGGAGUCCAAAGACACCGACGCGGCAAGAGGACAAAGGCGUGGACGAGAAGGAGAAAGGCAUGAAGUUCGAGGUGGAGGGGGGCGAAGAUGGAUUCGUGCCCAGGGAGCACAUGAAGAAUGCGAUGGGUAUGCCAGACACUGCAGAGGCCGACCCGUGGAAGCGGCGCAGGCAGGACAAGUGGCGCCUCAUCAUCUUGUUCCAGCACAACUUCCCCAUCCUGAAGCAGGCGGUAGAAGGGUUCCAGCGUGCCAGCGACAUCAUGGUGCCCAGCAUGAUCAUCGUCGACAACUCCAAGGACAGGGAUGCCUCGAACAGCGUGUGGCUUGUGGAGCGGGUGGCAGAGGUGGUCGUGCCAGACCGCCAGCUAAACUUCCCAGAGCUGCACAACUACAUGGCCACGCUGGCACUCGAGCGCCGGCUCGAAUUCUACUUCUGGGCCCACGCAGACAACUACGUGCUGCCGCUGGAGCCUGGCCGCGACAUGGGCAAGGACGCCAUCGACUGCCUGCGCGAGCAGAUGGCGCGGUUCCCCAACUGGGGCAUGAUCCUCUUCGCCUACGACCACCUGGCCGCCUACCGCACGCAGACGCUAGUCCAGGUGCCAUGGGACCCACACGUGUUCCAGUACGGCUCGGAGUGCGAUGCGUAUGGGCGCAUCCGCGAUGCGGGCUACGACGCGCGCGCGUGCAAGAUUCACUACUCGUACGACAUGAAGCGGGUGAUUGGCAUCCUGGACACGGACUCGUACGACCGGGUCAAGGCGAAGCUGGACGAGGAGGCAAAGGACAAGUCCAAGCGCAACCAGUGGCGCGAGGGAGCCAUGUCCGAGAAGGAGCAGCAAUGGCGCAAGCGCAUGAAGGAGGCGUCACGCGCAUACUUGGCCGAGAAGUGGGGCGAGGUGAAGUGCAAGCUGCGCGGUGUGCCGUGCCACAAGCCCUGGCCUUACUGCCCAACGUGCCCCACAGACCUUCCCCAGUGCUACGGCAAGGAGGCGACGUGGGAGCAACUCGACCACAUUCACGCCAGGGUGCACCAGGUGUUUGACAAUGAUCCCGACAAGCCACCACCGCUCGAGGCAUAG